UAAAAAUAAAUAAAGGAGAAAAAUUUGCAUUCAGAAAAUGACUUGUAACAGUUGUAGUAGUUCACCAAUAGUUCUCUGUAUUGUUCUCAAGACAAGAGUCAAUUCAAAUUCACAUUAAUUGUUGAGAAUUGAGUUCCAAUUUCAUUUCUCUCUCUCUUACUUUCUCAGAAUUCACAGGCUUUUUUGUAAACCCAUUUUGUUAAGAGUUGAAUUUUGAAAACUAGGGUUGGGUUAUGCGCAAUGGCAUUGAUUUGGGUUCUGUUACUUUGCUUGUUUUGACAGUUGGUUUGUGGGUUUUGUUGGGAUUUUUGUAAGAACGCUUGGUGUUUAAGGUUAGAAAAAAAUAUGGGUUGGUGAGGGUGGUGAACCUGUUUGCCCCUCUCUCUCUCUCUCUCUCUCUCUUCAAUAUCAAGCCUUUUCUCUUUCCUAGGGUUUGGUAAGCUGUAAAACUAGCUUGAAUUUCUUGCCUUUUCUUUAGGUUCUAAGCCUUUGAAUUCAAACCCUUCCUCUUCCGCUUGUUUUAGCUUCUGCUUCUUUUCUUUUCCUUGCAUUUACUUUUGUUUAUGUAUUUAUCUAUAUUUCUGAUCCCUAUGUAUUCUCAUGUUUUGCCCAACAGUUUUUAAAUAUUUUAUUUUAGAUUUGUAGAUUUCUAGCAACUGUAUUCCAAGCAUUCUCCUUAAAAUAUAUAUAUAUUUUUUCUAUUUUAUAUUGAAUUUUGUUCUAUUUGUAGACUUGAAUGAAGCUUCUUCACUUUGUACUAUGAAGAACAUGUGUUUGUUGUGUAGCCCCACUGAGUUCUUCCUCUAGUGCUGCUUUCAUAUCUCUUUCCUUUUGCUCAUUGCAGCAUUUUGUUUAUCAAAGUUCUGGCACAUUGUGAAAACAGUGUUUGGUAGCAAGAUUUUCAAGAUUCUAGCACAUUGUGAAAACAGUGUUUGGUAUCUAAGAAUUGGGUUUUGUCUUGUUUAUCUCAAAGAAAGUUAAGAGUAGAGUGGGGACUUGGAAUUUUUGAUCAAAGACAGGUGAAUUGGUUGAAAUUGAGAUUUGGGUCAAAUUUGGUUUCCAGGUAAAAGUUGAAGCUUUCAGGAGUAAAUGUAUGGAUCGCAGGGAAGCUAUGUCAUUUUCAGGGUCUACUUAUUACAUGCAGAGAGGGAUGCCUGAGUCAGGUUCGGGGGCUGGGGUACAGGGCUCACCGGGCAUUCCAUUAUCUAAUCUAAAUGUAUCAUUUCAAUCGAACAUUGGGGGUAGUUCAAUUGGAUCAACAAUGCCAAUAGAGCCUUCAUUGGCAAUUUCACAUCAUGGGGUUGAUGUGGGUUCACCGUCUGCUAUGCCAUCAACUGAGCGUGUAAGAAGAAAAAGAGGACGUCCUCGAAAAUACGGGCCUGAUGAGAGUCAUGGGACUGUGGCAUUGGCAUUGUCUCCCACUUCAUCUAAUCCUCCGGUGACUACAACCCCGAACCAGAAGCGGGGUAGAGGACGGCCCCCGGGGACUGGGCGGAAGCAACAAUUAGCUUCUCUUGGUGAAUGGCUGUCUGGUUCGGCGGGGAUGGGCUUUACUCCACAUGUCAUCACCAUUGCUGUAGGAGAAGACAUCACGGCAAAAAUUAUGUCCUUUUCUCAACAGGGCCCAAGAGCUAUAUGCAUUUUGUCAGCCAAUGGUUUCGUCUCCACUGUAACUUUUCGUCAGCCCUCAACUUCUGGUGGCACUGUGACAUAUGAGGGGCGUUUUGAGAUAGUGUGUCUGUCGGGCUCUUACUUGCUCUCUGACACUGGUGGUUCCCGUGGUCGAACUGGCGGUUUAAGUGUCUCGCUUGCUAGUCCCGAUGGUCAUGUCAUUGGUGGUGGAGUAGGGGGAAUGCUCAUUGCUGCCAGCCCUGUUCAGGUAAUAGUUGGAAGCUUCCAGUGGGGUAGUUCAAAGACAAAGAACAAGGCCAGUGGAGGCAUUGAAGGUUCCGGAGAUUUGAACUGCCAGACAGGUGAUGAUCCGGUCACUCCGGCUAGUGUUCCUCCCAGUCGGAAUCUCACUUCAACCUCUUCUGCCAGUGUUUGGCCCCUCUCACGACCAAUGGAUAUGCAAAACGUGCACGUUGACAUUGAUUUGAUGCGUGAAUGACUGUUCUUAUUAGUAGAUAGACGAGUAGUGUGUAUAUACUUGUUGGUUAGCCACUUGAACCUAAUUCCUUAACUGACGAUUUUUCGCUAGAGGGAUCAGUCACUUCAUAUCCCAUUGCAGACAUUUGGGAUGUACUCUUUUUAUCUUUCAAGCUUAAUGGAAAUUUAGUUGGAGUUUAGUUCUAA